AACAAAAUAGUUUCCGAAUCAAUAACGUCUACAUUCUAAUGUUUGAAGUGGUGUUCUUUUGAGCCCAUAUAAAUUAGCGUUUCGUAGUAUUCAUGUAUGGCCUUCUUCUUUUCCCAACUAUUUGACUAAAUACAUUCCUUUAGCAGCCUUACACUCCUUUUAAGAGCUACUCCAUUGACACUCUUUUCAACUCACCUUGACCCUCACAGUGCAUCACUACGCUCAAGAAUACUUUCCAUCAUUUUAUAACAGCAGUAGUAGUCAUAAUAGUCAUAGUGAAGUCCCCUAUCCAGCAAGUUCCUCCACAAGGCCCCUUCCUAUGUUUCCUCAUUUGAAUCCCCUCGAUUAUGGCCCUACCUGGGCACCAUGGCUUCCGUUUGCUGUCUUUUAUUUCUUUUUUCUUAUCGUACCUAUCUUUGGUAGCACCUUCUUACCCCACAGUCCUUUGCAAAAACCUACCGUCCCUCCUCCAAAAGCUCCCUAUGUGGCUCCUAAAGAGCCUAAAUACAAUUAUGCCGAAGUCAUGCACAAAAGUUACCUGUUCUACCAUGCUCAAAAAUCCGGCGUCCUGCCUUAUCAACGUCUUGCUUGGCGAUCGGAUUCUUGCAAGGUGUGCGUCGGUCGUUUUGGUGAAGAUCUCUCCCGUGGUUGGUACGAGGCUGCCAAUACCAUGAAAUGGGGUUUACCUUUUGGUUGGACAACCACUCAAUUAGCAUUCAAUAUCAUGAUGUUUGAAGACGCUAUGAAUUCUGUCGAUGAACUAGCGGAAGGCCUCGAAUUGCUCAAGUGGGGUGCUGAUUAUAUCACCAAUGCCCAUUAUAAUGAUACUUAUAUUGUGGGUCAGUUAGGCACGUCUGCUUUAGGCCCUAUUUCAAAACUGGUCGAAUUGGAUGUGGAUUUCAAUUAUUGGGGUCCACCCGAAGAGUACGAACAAUGGGUGCCUACCGGUAUCCCUCAUCAAGCUUCUUACAUCUCACCUGACAACCCGUCUUCAGAAAUCAUCGGUGAAUACAGUGCUGCUUUGGCCGCCAUUUCGAUUCCCUGGAAACGUCACAAUGCAACCUACGCGGAGACCCUGGUGGACCAUGCCAAGCGUCUUUACAAGUUUGCUACUGACCACGAAGGGAGCUACGUCUCCUCGCGCGAGAACGCUUUUCAAUGGGCGACCUUCUGGUAUCCUUCCACUCGUUAUGAAGACGAAUUGGCUUGGAGCGCUGCCUGGAUUUAUGCCGCCACACGAGACACUUACUACCUGAACGAAGCCAAGAAAUGGUAUGCCAAGGCGGAGGACUCCUGGACCGAAUAUUCCUGGGAUGAAAAGGGGGGCGGUCUCCAUGUGUUGUUGUAUGCCCUGACCAAGGACCCCACCUUCUACAAGAAUGCCAUGAACUACUUCAACCAGUUCCUGCCUGAUAGUCCUACCAAAAUCGUCAAAUUCACCCCUCGCGGUUUAGCCUACAUCGAUCAUUGGGGCUCUGUCGGCUAUUCCGGCAAUGUCGCCUUUUUGAUGCUGGCCUUUGCCAAGACGUUGGGCUACGAUCAGCCCGAGGCCAAGGCCAUGACCACCUUUGCCGUGCAGCAAAUCAACUACGCGUUGGGCGAUUAUGGCUACAGCUGGGUCGUCGGUUUUGGCGACAACUAUCCGCAAAAGCCCUACCACAAGUCUUCUUACAACGCUUAUAUCGAUUUCCCCAUGCGUGGCCAGCAGCAGAACGCCAUUGAAGACGACUUUUCUGAAUCAAAAACAAAACAAAGAUUCAUCCUUUACGGUGCCGUCGAAGGAGGCCCCAACAUCGAUGACACGUGGUAUGAUGACCGUUCCAAUUACGAAUUUUCAGAAGUCACCCAAGACUACAAUGCUGCUUGGACAGGUGCCAUGGCUGGACUCAUUGAUUUUUACGGUCACAACAAGUUUGAGCCCUUCACUGACUGCGGUUUGGAUCUGGGCUGGACACAUCCCAAUGCAUCGACUCCACCUGCCUGGCCCGAAACAGACUGCUACCAUACAUGUAACAAGGGAUGCCCUCGUGGUGAAAUGAAGUCCUCGUAUUCUUGGCAGUUGUUAAACACCCCUCUCGACCGUUUGCCAAAGAAACUCGACCUGCUUUAUCCUGGUCAAGGUUUAAAGAAGGCCGCUGCUCUAGAAGGCAAAACGGUCGCUGAUUUGAAGGCCAUGGGUAUCGUGGGCGACUUGACACAGGACGAUCGCAUCAGCAGCGAUGGUAGCCCUGUACAAGGCGAAAAUGGAAAAGAUCGACAUGGCAAGAUGACUUCAGGUACCCCCUCUUUUCUGAAACCAAAGAGUUCCCCCUCUAUGUCGUUCGGUAUCAGUUCCUUGGCCCUUGUGUACCUUACUUCUUAUUUCUUUUAGUCGAUGACGACCCAUAACAACCUUUUUUUUUUUAAUUCCCAUUUCUCGCCUUCC